AUGAAGAGCACUCUUGUAGCACCAGUGCUGUUUACUGCUCUAGCAGCAAGUCAAAAUAUCACACACGACUAUGUGAUUGCUGGUGCUGGUACAGCUGGCUUGCUGCUGGCAGUCGUGCUCUCAGAAAAUCCCGAUGUUUCGGUUAUGGUCCUCGAGGCUGGAACGGAUGGCCGAGAUCAGAUGAACAUCACAGACCCAGAACGACGAGGCACGAUACAGCACACCCAAUAUGAUUGGGGCUUGCAGUCCACCCUACAGCCAUAUUUGUAUGCCAAUGGAACGGGUGGCUCGCAAUAUGUACCUCGAGGUAAGACAAUUGGGGGCACCUCAGCAAUGAACUGGAUGAUCCAUAAUGAGAAUUCUAGAGUACAGCUUGACAUAUGGGAGAGUCUCCUCAACUUGACUGGCUGGAACUGGACGUCGAUGUCAACGGCUUUCCGACAAUCUGAGACCAUGUACGGUCCACCAGUAGUCGAAGCUGCAAGUUUACCUUACAAUGCUGAGUUUCAUGGCGGUGCAGGACCUAUAUGCUCAAUCUUCCAAAGAAGUGUAUGGAGUCUGUACUCGGACUAUGUCCAACCAUCUCUGGUUGCAAAUGGUUAUGAAAUGCCUCAUGACGGCAACAACGGCAAUGCGAACGGACCCAACUUCCUACCAUUUGCGAUCUGUCCACAGAAUUAUACACGUUCCUUCGCCGGCUCCGCAUACACUGUAGUUCAGAACAGGACGAAUUUGCAUGUUGUCCAAAAUGCUCACGUCUCUCGGAUCAUCUGGAGCUCGACACAAGGUAAUGCAACAGCUUCUGGACUAGAGUAUAUCGACCUCGCAGCAGAUAACGCCACCAAGCAAGUCCAUGCUCGAGAAGUCGUUCUGAGUAGUGGUCUAGUCUACUCCCCUCAGAUCCUCGAGCUCAGCGGUGUCGGCGAUCCUGAAAUCCUCUCAGCAGCUGGGGUGGACACUGUGAUCAGCCUUCCAAGCGUUGGAACAGGGCUCAGAGAUCCUCCAAUGACAAACUACUGGCCAAUCUCUUUCCAACUCAAUGAAACAGCAGUUCGAGCUGCCAAUCUGACAGGCAACGAAUACAUCCAGAACCUAAUCGACCUCGAACCCGCCUCCAAGAUCCUCGACCCAGCAGACUACGCAGCAGCAAGCAGAUGGCUCAACAGCACAUCCCAUGUCCCCGGCGUGGACGACACACAAUUCGCAGUCUUCAAGUAUCUCUGGUUCGCCGAGCAGCCUUUGAUCGAAAUGGCCUGGCAAUACCAAGUCGCCAAUGUCACACCAUACAAUCUCAUCCCACUAUCUCAGGGCACAGUACACAUAAACAGUAGCAAUCCACUACAUCCACCAGCUAUCGACCCGAAUUACAACGCUAUCAAUGUCACCAUAAAUGGUACAGAAGUCCAAUGGGACAUGUGGUUCCUCGCAAAGGCCUCGCAGCACUAUGUGACUCAGAUGGCGACCACGCAGCCAUUCGCGAGCUUGAUUACCGGCACGACGCCUGAUUAUCGGCUUCCGUUCAACCAGUGGUACCAAGCUAUUUUCGAGUGGACGGGGUCCUCACAGCAUCUAACAGGUGGAAACCCUAUGCUUCCUCGUGCAGCGGGUGGCGUAGUCGAUACAGAACUAUUAGUGUACGGAACGAGCAACGUCAGAGUCGUGGAUGGCAGUGUCUUCCCUUACCAGCCGAGCGCGCAUCCUAUGGGCGUGACGUAUGCAUUGGCAAUGAGGGCCGCGAGUAUCUUCCAGCAGUUACGUGGGGGAGGAGGAUUGACAAUGUCUGUGCAGGUGCCGAGAAGUAAUGUGUCAGCGAGUGCUACGGCGAGCUUUCCGGCGAAUAGUCGAAGUGCUACUAUGCUACCUUUGUAG